AUUGCAGAGGGUCCAUCAAAAUGCCAAAGCGAUAAAAAUGCGGGUCAUUUGAAUAACUUCAAAUGUUAUUUCUCAAAGACAUUUAAGAAAAACAAAGAACGCAAUACAUUUGACUAAAACGCGAUCCUGUGGUAACGCUUUAGCAGACAGUUGAAAUAUAACACUUACAAGGAUUACUGAAUGAAACAAAAAGAUAAAGAAAAACAAACUGUCAUUUGCCAAGGCCAGUAAUGAGAUUUAGAAUUAGGACUGGGGGUCAUAUGGAUGCCACAUUAUUUAACAGACCAGUUUAGUCAUUUAAAAUGACAUAAAUCUCAGUUUUUUUGAGUUGCCUAGUACAUUAUGAGGAUGUGCCAGACGCUGGUUUUAAAGUAGUUUGGUCAUUUGUGAGGGAACCAACUUGGUCAAAACAUCUAAAUCAGGUUUAAAAUGCUGAUUUUUGUACGUAGAGAAAGUUUUCAGACUUGCGUGAUCAGACUUGAGUUCGUUAGACUAACAGGACUGGGGUCAUAUGGAUGUCAUAUUAUUUAAUAGACCGAUUUACUCAUUUAAAGUGACAUAAAUCUCAGUUUUUUGAGAAGUAGCCUACAUUAUGAGGAUAUGCCAGAUGCUGGUCAUUUUUAAGGGAACCAGCUUGGCCAGAGCAUCUAAAUCACGCGGAUUGUUGUAGCCUAUGCAUAGAAAGUGGUUGAUGUAGCUGUGAUAAAUAGUAAGCAAUGUUUAGAUGUGCUGUCUGGUUGCUGGUUUCAGAGGGGUUCUUGCACUUUUAGCUCUCUUUUUUUUUCUUUUUUUUUUCGUUCAGUAGGGUGAAGUUGAACCGGAGCGCGCGUGAGAUCCGUUUGUGACGUUAUGAAGGAUCAAAUAUACGACGCGCUCUUUGAAGUGGACGCGUAUAUUUGUAUAUGACAACAGUGAGCAGAUAUGAGCGUUUUCCCAAUCGCCUUUCCCAAGUUAAAAGCAACAGCAAACUUUACGCCAUACGAGAAGCCCAUUUAAAUGCUACGGAUCAAUGAAUGAAAGUUUGAGCUGAGGCUGUGUUAGAGCGCCUGCUGUGAUGUGAUUGGGCUGAGCGGCGAGCUCGUGAUGCUCGGGCACAUAUAAAGGGCGACCUGCGCUCCUGUCAUGCACGCGGCUGGAAGAAGAAAUUGCUGAAGAGAUCAGCCGGACAGACAGAGCCUUCAUGAUACUGCCCACAUCACACGCAUUUCCUCAACGAAGUCGCCAAGAAGACGCACCGCACAGCGCGCAAGACAUAAAGGAAAUCCUCUUUUAUUGCCCUUCAUAAAAGCCCCAGUGUCAUUUAGUGAGAGAUGCCGCCAAGGACCGGACUUUUGCUGCUCGCCGUGCUCAUCGCCUCCGCGUAUGAACUGGAUCAGAACGAAUCCUACUCGCCCAGGAGAGCACGCUUCUCCCACAACAGCCCCUCGGAUGUGGCGCGCUGCUUGAACAGUGCGCUCCAGGUGGGCUGUGGUGCCUUCGCCUGUCUUGAAAACUCAACGUGUGACACAGAUGGCAUGCACGACAUCUGCAAGUCCUUUCUCUACAGUGCUGCUAAAUUCGACACUCAGGGCAAGGCUUUUGUGAAAGAAAGCUUGAAGUGCAUUGCCAAUGGCAUCACUUCCAAGAUCUUUCUAACAGUCAGACGGUGUUCCACCUUCCAGAGGAUGAUUUCGGAGGUUCAAGAGGAGUGUUACAGCAAGCUGGAUAUUUGUACAGUGGCCAAAUCAAACCCAGAAGCCAUUGCAGAGGUGGCUCAGCUUCCCAGCCACUUCCCCAACAGGUUUUAUGGGAAACUACUGCAGAGUUUGAUGGAGUGUGACGAAGAGACGGUGGACCUGGUGAGGGCAAAUCUGUUGACCCGAUUAGGGCCCGAGAUCGCCAUGCUCUUCCAGCUACUGCAGAACAAGCCGUGUCCGUCUGCUGCAGUACCUACUGGAAUGGAGACUCGUGGUGGGUGGCGGUGGUCUGUCAGUCCCCAUGGAUACAAGAACCAGCCAAAUCUACGCAACAGAGAUGCCUCGAAUCUCUUUGGCAAGAAACGCAAUAUUGGUGACAGCUCUUAACUUCAGACCAAUUUGCCAGGCCAAACUUAGCCACCGAGCACACAUACACAAGCGCAAAGUGAAAACACACACACAUAAAAAAAAAAAAAAGAAAGCAAGACAAAACAGUGGUUUAUUUUCCGAGGCUAUACAGGGACACAUUCCUUCUCAACUGGAAAAAGGCAUGCACCAGUGCGAAAAUAUCUCGAAUGUCCAAUUCUAUGUUUAUCAUUUCAUAUUCGACGAGUUUUACACGUUCGAGGGGAAUUCGGCCUGUAGGUCGAGUCAAGGUCAUCGUGGAAUCCAGCGGGAGUCAUCCAGGCCAUAAUGUAGAGAGCUCUUAGAUAGACUUAUUUCCAUUAAAAUAUCUCUAGAAACGAAAGGAAAAUAUUAUAAAAAAAAAAAAAAUCAAUAAAUAGCCAUUUGUAUAUGAAAUAUAUCUUACAGAGAUUACAGCAAAGAAAAUGUAUGUGUAUAUAAACUGAAUCUAGCGUUGAUGUGAAAUAGUUGGCAUGUGUUAUAGAAAUAAGAGUGUACUAUUUAUUUAUUAACAGAUAUUUUACUACUACUUUAGCUGUUAAUCUCAAAUUGCCACUAGCCUUUUUGUGAAACUCUCCCAUUUGGCGAGAGCGAUCUUUAAAAAUCGAUGUGCAGGAAUUCAUUAAAAUACCAAAAAACUCAAGUUCACUUCAAACGCCGUCGAGUACAGCUACAGUAGAUGUCAGUGAUCCACACUGGACGACCAAAUGUUAUUUAUGAAACGAGUUUGAGAUGCACAGCAAGGGACCGAUAACUUCUCUUUGCAUUCCUUCAGCUUCAUUCUGUAGACCUACAGGAGCUUUUUUUCACUGUUCGCAAACAUUUCCUUAACUCUUGGAUCACCUCUCUACUUAUCUUUUCAAGUAGUACAGUGCAAAUAAACUCUGAGAGGAAAUUCAAUUCUAAGCCCUGAGCGCAUUAUUAGCGCUACGUCUAAACACAUAUUUUGGCCAACUUAUUGGAUAGAUGAACAAAUUACUCCCUGGUGAAUAUGACAUGCAGAGGUGAGUUCAAGCGCGCUGUUCCCAGCGUCGCUGAGUCAAAAACUAAAAUAAAUAACCUAGAUGUCUAUUUAAAAACGUAUGAAUUGAAUGAUUAAUAUUUAUUUUCUUACUAUAUUAUUUAAAUGUUUAUUUUAUUACAUUUCUGUGGGCAAUAUUAGUUCAUUCAGCAAGCAUCUGUUUACAGAUAUAGGUAGUGCUUUUUAAUUGCUUAGGCGUCCAUUUUUGAGAGCUAUUUGAAAUUUAUUUAAUCGAACGCUUAUUUAGUCAUUCUGAGUUGACUGACCCAUGUAAUGACUCUGUGCUGGUCAUGGGGGAACACGCUGGUCAUACGAGUCAGGUGAAUGUUAUAUGGGACCACUAUAAUGCAAACUUUGUCAAAAGUUUAUCAAGCAUUGCCACAUGCUGUGUAUACAUUCAGGGUUAAUCAGCUAUAUAGAGUAUACAUAUAUAUAUAUAUAUAUAUAUAUAUAUAUAUAUAUAUAUAUAUACAUAUAUCGUUAGCUUUAACAAAGUAAUUGACAUCCAGUAUUUCAUUAAUGUCGUUAAUGCGGUUUACACAAGCGGUUAAUUUGGGGCAGUCACUGCAAAGUGUUUUCCGGAGACAUUCUCGACACUAUGCAAUAUACGUUUCCGAAAGGCCUAUUUCUCUCAGAGUGUUUACCCGGGGUGAAUGGGGAAGAUCUCUCUGUAAGUGCUUCUUGGGGAAGUUCAGAUUAGCAAAGACUGGAGGGCAGUGUUUGGCUUGGGAACGACUGAGGAGCGAGGGCCAAAUCCAAUCAAACUACCGCAAAACCACUUUUUGACUAUUCCCGUCCAAAAAUAAAUUCCAUAGCAAAGAAGCCAUUUCACCACUGAGUGAUUUAACCAUUCAAACGACCAAUCUGCAUCGCUUAAUAUGUCCUGAUUUGUUUGAAAAACACAGGCUAGCCAUUAAGCGGCUUGUUUUAUGGUGAACUCGCACUGGCGCCAUAUUGGUACUGUGGUGAUAAUACAGCAGUUUGAUUGAAUUGGACCCAAAGAGAAAUGAGAGAGCAGAACCGGAGAGGGCAGAAUGACUGUUUUUACUUAAACCAAAUGAUCUGCAAAUCUAAAAGUAAUUCACCAAACUAUGCAAUAAUCGCUAGAAAGGUUGCAAACUAAAAUCCAUGCUAUCGAGCCCUAAGCGAAAUGGGGCCGUUUAAGUUUUGAGACUAAGCAGCAGUAGCUUUUUUUCUUCUCCCAUAUGAAAUCAAAUCCCCAGUCCCCAGUAAUCCUUUGUUUUUUCCCCCGAUUUCUUUGUUUCGCGUUCCUGUUUCUAACCACCUUUUCUGUGUGUGUGUAUAUAUGUGUAUUUAUAAUAAUAUAUGCACUUUCCGUCUCACAGGACCACUAUAAAAUCACUAUUACUAUCACAACAGAGUAGCUGCUGCAUUCUUGUUGAACAGACAAGGAUACAAUGGCAAAGUGAGGAAUAAUUAUUUUUUUUUUUUCAUUUUUGUUUGGGAAAUACGGUAUGAUAUCGCAAUCUAUUAAACACCAAGGAAAUACAUGUACCAAACAAAGCUGCUAAAUGGAUUUCCAACCCCAUUGUGUUACGUUAAGGCUAUUUUUUCCAUUAAAAUCCCACCGGUUUGUCCAGCAUUCACUGUAUGUGAACAUUUUCAAACUAAAUGACCAGUGACUCGAUUAUACAUUACCAUUUUCAUGCACUUCUGGUAUCUCAGCAACAAGAUGUCCAUACCAUCUCCAAAGAAACAGCAGUGAGCGCAAACGUUUGCUUCAGCACGGCUCAAAGACAUUUAAUGUUUAAAAAGAUGCUGGUGAACUACUCUUAAGUAGCAUUAAAGUUGCAAUGCUGUUCGGAAGGUUUGGACACUCUUGUCCUGAUCGCAUCUUUUCUUCCGUUACUGAAAGGGUGUUGUACAUUUAAAUGUCAAUGUAUGUUAUUUUGUUAAAUUAUUACAAUGCAAUUGUUAGACUGCUGUGGAUAUAAGGCUUUUUCUCAUUGGAAGCCUCUGUCAUGUAGCUCACCAUUUUCUUCAUAUUGUGAUUCAGAGAAUUUUCCAAAAAGUAAUGGAUUUUGUAAACUUCAGAGAAUGUAUAUUUUAUCAAAUGUCUGUAUUUGGUGCAAAGGGGUGCCUACGGCGCUGAAAGUUUAGUGCAGCCCUCUGGUCAUUUGAACUUGAACAGCAUUGUGUCCUUAUCACGAUUUACGGUGGAUUAGCAGCGCUUGGAGACUGACCCUUCUUGUUGCCAAAUUUAAAGUUUAUAUAACCACUGCCUCAAGGAAACAUCUAGACUUAGAAUCAAAUCGAACGUUAUUUGCCUGCUUUAUAGAAAUAAUAUAGAAUGUAGAGUGGGAAUGAUUGGAAAAUGAUGUUCUGUGUGAUCAAAUUGUCCCAAUCAGACGUGUUUCAGGUUAGUUAAGUACUUAGCUGAAACUGUCAUUAUACGUCAUAACCAGAAAUAUCAGGAUGCACUACAAUAGAAGCGAUCUGUUCGAACAGGUCCUUCAUUGUCUCCGAUUCACCAAAAACUGGUGAUUUCUCCUCUUUGAUCCAGGGCCCUGAGGACUAUAGGCUACACAAGCCAUUAAACUGUAUGGUACUCUCUCCUCUCAAAACUUGAAACCACUUAUAUUGCUCAUAUUCCUGUUUAUGUUCAAAUGUUAAGAUUCAAUGUUGUUGUUUUUUUUUUCCUUUUUUUUUUUUCUUUUCAAAUGCAGUAUGAAACCAAAAUAGGAAAGGAUUGUUUUGCAAGGCAUUCUAUUUAAGGCAUUCUCUCUUUUUUUCAUCCCUAAUGUUACACAUGAUGGAAAUUUGUGAUUGAUUUGCACUUUAUACUGAACCCAUAUACAUAUAUACUUGUGUAUAUGUGUUGGGGUUUCUUUCUGUGCUGACAGGUCA